GCCCAGGAAUGUAGUGUCCUACCGAGGCAGCAUGAAUUAGUCCUCAAAUAAAUGAAGAAUAGGUAAUUCCUGCGCGCCCAUUAUCACCUGGGAAACUUGGGUUAGUUUUGAAAUUGAGUCAAAAAAUUAUGAGGACGAUAAAAAAGUGUCGGGUGGACAUUUUUGGGGUGUUUUUCGCCUUGCCAGGCGCAUGGAUUUCUCGGUCUAAAUAUUUGUAAUGUCGCCUUUUUAUUUUGCUAGCAUUUCAGCCAUGCAGAAUGUGCGCCAUAAGAAAUACGUGUGAUGAAGUCUUUCCGACGAUUCACGAAGAUUCGGUGUUAUUCUCCAAAUCACUCUUCGAAAAAAACACGUGUGUCGGACAGAAGAUACGCAAGGCGGUUAUCUAUGAUACGUUGUGGACUAGCACCGGCCGCGCUGCCACUUAUUCGGAGGAAGGAAUACUGGGGCUAAUUUGUUCCCAGUAUGGCAGCUAAAGUCGCUGGAAAUGUCAAUUGCGAUCAAGAAAUUAACUCUCGACCGCAGGGCCAGCAAGCAGCAAACAACACAAUGGACAACGCCGUACCAGACUUUAGGCCCUCAUCCCGUAACAACACCGGUGGGGAGGGGGCGAAUGGGCCUACUGACAGUCAAGGAACUGGUAUGAAUAAUGCCAUGAGUUCGGCUGGCCAACCGCCAGGAAAUAUUGGGACUGAGAUCGGAACAAAGACUGCUAGCAGUGUUGGAACUGGCAUGCCUGGUUCGAACUCUGCUAUUCUGCAAGAUGGCCAUCAUGUCGGACAAAGUGGUAUGACUUCGGGCCAUCAUCCCUCACAAAAUCGAAGUUUAGACCCAUAUGCGGGGCCAGGAGGAACAUUUCAGAGCAACACUAGUAAUAGCAGUGUGCACAACCAAUUAGUGGAAAACUCUGGUCUGAAGUCUGCUCAAAACACGACGGGUAGUGAGGGCUACAACGGUGGUUAUUAUGGGAAUCGAAAUACUGGAUACGGCAUGCAAAACCAACAUGGCGGACAUCAGACAGGAAACGGACCGCCGAACUCUGCAUUAAACAUGAAUCUAGGCCUAGGUCCAAAUCAGAAUCAAAACAUGACCAACAGUCCGUAUAACCAAUACGAUGGGCACAUGGGAUCCAGGCAGGGAUAUUCCCCAAUGGUAAUGGGGUCUAACGUUAACGUUAGGUCGGGUCCAAAUGCCCCGUCCAUGCCACCCAGUUACGGAUCAUCACACCAACAGCAACAGAGAUCGUACGGCGGCGAUCGAAUUUCGAAUUCUGCUCCAACCCUCUCUCAACUUCUUCAAGGCCAAAAACAUGUGCCAAACUAUUCAAGCAGUUAUCCCAGUCCCGGGGAUAGUUUGGGCAAAGGGUCAGAUGGAGGAGGAUCAAUUGGAAUGAUGUCAAACCAAGGGUCAGGGACAUUCCACCAGUCGCCUCAAAAUUGGGGACAAAGAAGCAGCGGUAUGCCCCAAGUUCACCCACAGUCGACGAGUGGAAGCGGCUAUGGCCAAAACAUGGGCAGAAACCAGAUGGGAGGUGUUGCAGACAGUGGCCCCAGCCCUGUACUCAAACGUCCUUUCCCAGGGGUUCCCUACCAGCAGCAGAGCCAGCUAGGAAGUAGACAGUAUCCAGGCAUGUCUCAAUAUACUGGAAGUCAUAUGGCAGGAUCUAGGACUCACAAUGUGCAGAGUCAAGGGGGCAUGGCUAAUAUGACUUCAAACAGUACACCAUUCCCUCAACAGAUGCCCUCACAAUUUGGUCAGCAAGGCCAGGGCAUGGAGUACAAUCAGCAACAAUUAUGGCAGCAGUCAUGGCAGCAACAAGCACCACCAUCAUGGCACCAACAUCAACAAGACAUGCAGUCAAACCAACAGAUGUGGACUAACUCUCCACCAUCAUCUCAGCAUCAACCCCCAUCAUCAUCAGGUUACCAGCAGACUCAACAGCCCACAUCAACCUACAGUAGAGGGGGACAACAGACCACAUCCAAUAACAACAAAUCUGGAACCACCACCGAUGAAGUGAGUGUUGCUAACAGACCACCAAGUCUGCCUGAUCUCUCUGGUUCCUUGGAUGACUUGCCAACUGGAGCCGAUUUCUCUCAGAAUAAUGUUGCUACAAGUUCCCAGAGCACUGAUUCCUACUCGCAAUCAUCGCAGUCCCCCCACAUGCAUCCUACGGUAUCUGCAUUAAGACCGUCCCCCUCACCAGUAGGCUCUCCGGCUAGUCACAUGUCACGUUCAUCACUUUCUCCUGCGAGUGUACCAGGAGGAUCGCUUACUCCUCAACCAACUUCCAUGCCACCACCUUCCAGCCAGACAGAAACCAGUUCUCAUAAUCAGAUGAGUCAGUCACCAAUAGGACAAGACAGAGGAUUUAACCAACCAAUGAUGCCAGUGGCAACUCAGAUGGGAACCAAUCAGAUGCCACCACCCUAUGGCUCACAGGGUACCCCCAAAAACCACCAUGGGCAGCAACAAUCAACUCAUCCGGUUAAUGCCCCUGGCAGCUCACAGAUGUUCCCUGGGAUGGGUGCUGGUUACCCAGGAGGGGUUCCAGUGGGAUACGGACCUAACACCAGCCAAUUAAAUCAACAAGGAAACUACCAAAGGCAGGCUGGCGUGCAGGGAUUUGGGGGAACGCCUUCCAGCUAUCCCACCCAUUCUACUGGUAACGGUACUGGUAGUGGCAACAUGUUCAUGGAUGGUCGUAUGCGCAGUGUUAGCAGCAGUAGCAGUGUUUCAAGCAUGGAUGGAUUAAGCAACUCACAAUAUUCAGGAUACAACUCGGGAAGCAUGGCUAAUAAUGGUGGGCCUGGAAUGAGUCCAUCCCAUGGCUCAACAGCAAUGAACUCUGGUAUCAAAAGUCCAGGACUUGGAGCAGCAAACUAUGGCUACAAUCACCCACAUAAAACAGACCAACAUGGUGUGGGACCAGCAAGUAGUAAUACGAGUUGUAGCAGUAGUGGAAUGAGCAGUCCAGGAUUGGUUACAGGUGCUUCUGGUGUAACUGGAACCUCUGGUGACGCAAGUAUUACCGCUGGGUCUACAUCACCAGGAAUAUGUAGCCCAACCCCAGGCAAUCUUCCACCAGGAAAUAAAGGCGCACAGGCAGCUGCAGAAGCAGCUGUCAUUGCUGCUGCUAACAUGGCUUCAGCUAAAACAGCAUAUCAUCGAACACUUGGCGCUCAGAAUCAGGGACGACAGCAACCUCAACCUUUCCCACCACCGUAUCAACAGCAGCAACCACAACAGCAGUUACAGCAACAUUGGCCUCAAAUACCACAUAAUCAGGGAUAUCCAAACUCAGCUUGUCCUAUGCCCAGCUCUUUGCCAGCUUCCAUGCAAAACUCUUUGGCUAGUCCCAUGCCACCUAGUUCCAUGGUUAAUUCCAUGUCUAAUUCCAUACCCAAUUCAAUGUAUGGGUCAUCACCUGGGCCUCUGACAAACUCCAUGUCCGGUGCAACUGUUCCUGGAGCAUUGCCUCUGUUCUCCAAUGCAAAUUCCCAAAGGAACAAUACUUUCAUGUCAACUGACAGCUCAGGACAAGUGACUACUACAAUGGCAAAUAGUUUACCGGGGUCAGUGGGGACAUCAGUGACUCCAAGUAUAACAGCACCAGUGUGCAUGCCCUCAGUAACUACAAGUGGAGUAGGCAAUAUGCCAAACAUGCUAGACACGCCAAAAAACAGUCCAGCGAUGUCUAAGGAUGAUGUCAGAGCAGAUACACCACAGUCUCAGAAGACAGUCAAGCAGUCUGACGCAGCAUCAAGGCCUUCAUCUCCACCUCUCGGCCUGCUUGGGGCAUCUCCACUUGGCUCACCAGGAGCCAUCAGUAAAUCCUCACAAGAAGAGAGUGCACCAAGUCCUUCACCUAGUCUACUCAACAAGUUGCCUGCUAGCCCUGCUAACAAACCUCCCAAACGGUCCACUUCCACCAAGCCUUCGGUGCAUGAACAGCUGAUGAAGUUGUAUGACUUGUGUGACCAUCCAGACCGCAAGCCUUUCUUAGAUGCUGUGUUUCGGUUAAUGGAAGAUCGGGGACAGCCUAUUCGAACCAUGCCACAGAUCAGCACACAUACGUUGGAUUUAUUCAAACUGUACCAUGCAGUUAAGGAGAGAGGAGGUGUAGUCAAGGUUUCUAAGAACAAGCAGUGGAAGCAGAUCGCCAUGUAUUUGACUGUUGGCAGCUCCAAUAGUGCCGCUUUCACCCUGAAGAAAAACUACAUUCGGUACCUCUUGCCCUUCGAGUGCUUCCAUGACAGGGGUGGGGUGGACCCACAGGUCAUUAUGGCUGAGAUUGAUACCAGUAAGAAGAAGAGUAGUAGCAGCAGUAGUAAUACCACCAGCAGUGAUACAUCUCAUCACCAUGCACCAGCAAACCCAAUGUUGGAUAACAUGCCAGCAGGUCCAGUACCCCAGGACUACCAUGGAGGCCCACGUGACAUAUAUCAGCAACGGCCUCUUUCAGGAGGGAAACCUAUGAACCAGAUGCACCAAUAUCCUCAGCCAAUGCAUAACAGCAUAGGUCGUGGUAUGUCACCUAUGCCUAACAAUAUGAUGCCUAUGCCUAAUGAUACCACUAGCAAUAGUGUGACAGUACGAGACCCCUUUUCAGAUGUUGAUUUCCAGUCAUCUGGUAACUCCCAAGGAGCUCGUCCAGGCCAAGGGGCCUUCCCACCAGGAAUGGCACAAAACUCAGUGGAUGGGACAUAUGGGCCUGGCAUGAGUCAGUAUCGUAACAACCCCAUGGGAGCUGGAGGGGAUGCAUUUAAUAACAUGGCUACCCUUCCACCUACAAGUGGACACCCCACUGGGGAACCUUUUCCUGUUGGAAUGCGAAACAAUACCAUGACUGGCAGUGAUCCAUUUACAUCAAGCAGAAGAGAUUCUAUGACUGUGCCUGAUGGCUUCAAUAGAAGGACUAACAUGCCUGGUGCUGAGUCUUUUCCUGUCAAUAAUCGUGCAACUGGAAUGCCGAUGAAUCAAGGAGGCAGUGCGCAGUUCCCUUAUGGCACCCCUUAUGAGAGAGAAAGGUUUGAUCAGCAGAGAUCGCGUGUGGCUGCAAGUCCCAGUCAACCUGCUCAACAAGGCAACCCAGGUAUCCCACCCUAUCCAAACAACUCCAUGGACCAAACUAUGUAUUCAUCUCGCUUCAGCCAGCAGCAUAGCAGCUCCCGACCAGCCACUCCAAGUGAAUCCUUUGGUCAGACAUCACUAGCAAAUCAACAAAAGCCAGCCCAUGCUACUGGCUUAUCCACUGACCAGAUGAGGCAACAAUUUCCACAGAAAAGACCUGGUGAGAUGUAUGGGGCAGCUUCUAAAAGACAAGACAUGAUGACUCCAACUCCAGCAAUGGCUAGAACUGAUGAUGCUUACCGAGGAAUGCCACCAUCAUUUGGACAGCAAGGUCCAUAUCCACAAGGUGCAUAUGCAGGAGGAGAUAGACCCAUGGCUAAUCAAGGGGGAUUCCCUCCUGGCUUUAGGGAAGGCAGACCUCAUCAAGGACCUACUCCUGGACCACAACAAAGUGGAAAGCAUGACCUUGGGGGAAGCGGAGGAGGUUUUAUAUCUGAGACGUAUGCGAUGAGAGAUAGAAACCUAUCAGGAUCAGGACCAUCUCCUUCCUGGGGCACCAUGCAAAUACAACAACGACAGCCAGCUCCUCCCUAUACUAACACUUUGGGACCACAUCCAUUUGUGAGUCAAGCUGGUCAACCCAGGACCCUUCAGCAGGCAUUGAUGGCAGCACAUAGGGAUCGACACCCUCCCAGUAAGAUGAUGAAGUCAUCCCCACCUCAGAUCCACACUACCUCACCACAGAAGAAGGAGAUUGUGUUUCCACCAGACUCUGUGGAGGCUUCCCAGCCAGCACUUAACAAACCAAAGAAGAAAACUAGCCGAGAUAUCGGCACUGUUGAAGCGUGGAAGUUGAUGAUGGCACUGAAGUCAGGACUCUUAGCAGAAAGCACCUGGGCCCUAGAAGUCCUCAACAUCCUGCUGUAUGAUAACAACACCAUUGUCUACUUUGACCUGGGGCAGUUAAAAGGCCUUCUGGAGAUCCUUGUGGACCACUUUCGGGCAAGCCUUAUUAAGGUGUUUGGAACUUUGAUAGAUGUAGAGGUUAGAACUCACAGAGAAGAUAUUUGCAGGAGUAGAGACUCCCCACAAGAUUGUGUUUGCAGAACACGCUCACAGGGCAGGGUGAAAUGUGACCAUCAAAAAGCAGAGGAAGAGUUGAUUCAAGAAGCACUGAACUUGUUUGAUAUAGAGAAGCUGAAAGGAGCAGACAAGAAGAGAGUAGUCAGGUUAGAGCACAACGCAGAUGGGUUCUACUCCAGUGAGAAAGACUGGGACUAUCAUGAGGGUUUCAAGAGUAACCAGGUGCAUUGGCAGUGUGGUGGUGGUGAUAUGACGGCACAUAUUGUACAUGUAUUUGAGAGUGAUGGAAUUCUUACUAAGAUCCUGAAUCGCCAGGCCAGGAGAAGGAAAGCUGAAAGAGCCCAAAUCAUGCAAAUGGUAAAGAAGACCAAAAGAACUGAAAAGAAAAAUCGCAAAGAGACUGAAGAAGAGGAAAAUUGCAGGAGCAGUGACAGUAUUGGGGAUAUGGAUGAGUGUGAGCAGACCGAUGAACCACCCGUGAGAGAAGACCAAGAAGAGAAGAAAGAAGAUACAGAAGAUGAAGAAAUCAUGGAGGAUGAGGACGAAGAAGAAAAGCAAGAUGAUGAGGAAGACCAAGUAGAGCAAGAGGCUGUGUACUAUGGAAGAAAUAAUACUGAUGAUGAUACGUGGUUGGAAUCUUGCAGUGAAGAACUCCGUGCUGCAAAGAAAAGGUCGGAUGUUAUUGCCCUGUAUAAGGAAGACUUGAUGCAUCCUGCAUUGUCUCUUCUGGAAGAUGAAGGAACAUGCAAUGAUCAAACUGCUCUGGUCACAUCUACAGAUGCUCAACAUUCACUUGCACAACGCUGCAUCACAAUAUCCAACAUCAUACGCAGCUUGUCUUUUAUCCCUGGCAAUGACGUUGAACUGUCCAAGCAUGCAGGUAUACUUGUUGUAAUGGGAAGGAUACUGCUCCUGCAUCACAGACAUGCUGAACGUAAGCAGUUACCACAAACAUACGACAGAGAAGAUCACGAUGAUUUGGAUACUGACUGUCCUAUCACUGAUAAGGACACAUGGUGGUGGCAUUGCUUGAAUUGUGUACGUGAGAAUGCCCUUGUAACUUUAACUAACAUUUCUGGUCAGUUGGAUCUCUCUGCAUUUGUUGAACGUGUGAGUCUACCAAUCCUAGAUGGUCUGCUUCACUGGGCAGUCUGUUUGUCUGCCUGUGCAAUGGAUCCAUUCCCAACGCUACCUGCAAUCUCUCCCCUCACACCUAAACGCAUUGCCAUUGAGGCCCUGUCAAAGCUAAGCAUACAGGAAAACAACGUGGAUAUGAUCUUGGCCACUCCUCCAUUCCAUCGUUUAGAGCAGCUUUUUGCCACCUUGACGCAAUACCUCAGUGACCGUAAGGAGCCUGUUAUGCGGGAAUUUGCAAUAGUACUUCUAUCAAGCAUUGCCCAGGGUGAUUCUACAGUCAGUCGGGCUAUUGCAUCUCAGAACUCUAGCAUUUCCUUCUUGCUGUGUUACCUUGAAGACUCGGAGUAUGCCAAGUCUCUGGAGAGUGGAAGUAAUGCCAAGCAGCUAAGUCAGAACCCCGACAUACAGCCAGCAAGCCCAGAUAUGAUGCGCAGAACAGCAAUCCUCCUGGCAGCAUUGGCCAAGGUAGCUGACAAUAAAGCAUUAUUUCUUCAACACCAGCACAGACUGUUGAACCUUUCUAUGUCACCUAUGGUGACAGACUCAGUCAAAGCACUGAUAGCUGAUGCCUUGUAUGAGAUAUCUAGUUCAUAAGGACCACCAAGAUGCUUCGAGCUCCUACUACUACUUUGACAUGGAGUCAUAUUGCUUGUAGGCACUCUAAUAAUUCAACCAAGCUCAUUUGGAAGUACUCUGUCUAAUGUAAAAAGUCAUGGAUACUCAUUCUGGCUCCUGCAUGAAAGUGAUCAUAAUGUUGACUCGAGCAGUAAAAAGAGCACUUUAGUAAUAUUAAUAUAUAUAUAAUUGAAUUGAGGCCCAAUAUAAUUGCAGAAUGUAGCUUAUUUACAGUCGCCUCUCGUUGAUACAAACUCAUUCGGACCCAGCCAAAUUGUUAAUACAUAAUUUUGUAUUAAGAGGAACAUCAGUCCCUGUCAUUGUGCACAUAAAUGCACAGUCGGGACCAAGGCUUUAUGUUUGUUAUAACCAGAAUGUGUAUUAACAGUGUUAGUACUAACGAGAGUCGACUGUAAUCCCUGUCAUGUAGUGAUCAUUCAGUGGUCGGGCACAACCCGACCACUGUUUGGAAUUGUUCUGAUAAAUCUUCUUUGUUUCUUUUUCUUUUUUCUGGACAAUAACUCUCCGCGGUUUUCUGCUAAAUGGUAUAUGAUAUGAACUUGUAACUUUCAACAUAUAUCGACCCUCAUCCCGAUUGGUGCAUAGAUGGCGUCAUUGGCUGUCAAAUUACAAGCGAUUUUCGUUGAAAAAAAUGACUGUCUUCUUUCACCUAAAACUCUUGAAAAAAAGUAUCAAUCAUUUAUUGCGACGUCGCUUAAAAAAAAAAUAGGGUUCAUUUUGGGGGGGGGGGGGAGGGAGGGGACAAUGGCCCCUGUUGGGGCCCCCUCCCCCUUGGAUCCGCCCUGCUUAUUCCCGGGUGCAAAACCGCUUGACCUUCACUUCUGGUCUCACCAAAAGUACAAUAGAAAUUCAAUCUAACUCGAAAACGUAAGCAUUUUACUACAGACAAAUACAUUAUGGAAGUGUUAAGUGAGGAAUGCUGCUAACACAAAAAACAUAAUUUUGACGUAAUCCCCGAAAGGGGGCCCUCUAGCGGCACAUCAAAAAGAGUUUAACCUUUUCAAAUGUUAAAACCUCAAUCAAAAUUGUACCAAAUUGCCUCUAUAAAUUCCAUGAGCAACCACAACUGAAUUUGCAAGGUUUCAUAGCAAUGACGUCAUCAGACAUAGGGAGAAUUUAACAAUGAUCAGUUUGUUUUUAAUUCAAAUCCAUCAAAUGAUCCCUGUCUCAUGACUUCGUUCCUAGCCCAAAAAAUGACAUCUGUUACACUUAAUGUUGGCGUUUUGCUUCCAAAUACUGUGACGUCAUUA